ACUUCGCCUGGAGGAGUGCAGCUUAGCAUCUCUUUAAACCACUCCGGGGACAAUACCAGAGGUAGAUGAACUUAACAGAAAUCAUCGUCGCUUAAUAUUUAAUGUACUGAAUCAGAGGUAAACAGCUUUCUGCGUUCACGUAGCUCUGCGUUGCUAAUGUUGGCUGUCGGAGCCACAGCUAAGCUAGCUGUUAGCUCAGUGUUUACGCAAGAUCAUGGCGCUCCACAGACUGUCCUUCAGACUGAGGCAAACGGUCACACAUGUGAGGUCCCUUCAUAGCAGUGGAUGUGGGCAGCAGCAGGAGGCUGUCUCUGUAGAGUCAGAACCCGAGCCAUUCUCAGUUUUCAGGACGCAGGAGGAUGAUCCGGCCCAUCAAUCAGAGAAACAUGUCGGACAGUAUUACACGUUGCCCGCUGCAUACCGCACUAUGUUCUCUAAAACCCUCCCAUAUAAAUUUCAAGAACAGGCGAAGACGUUCAAUGAAGCCUGUCUGAUGGUGAGGCAGCCGGCUCUAGAAGUCAUCUCUUACCUGAAGAAUACAGACUUCAGCAAACCGGCUUUACGAUAUUUAUUCUAUGGGUUAACAGGCACUGGGAAGACAAUGUCUCUCAUACACACAGUCCACUUCUGCUACACACAGGGAUGGCUGGUGCUGCAUGUUCCUGAUGCUCACCUCUGGGUGAAAAACUGCAAGGAGCUGCUGCCCUCAUCCUAUAACACCUCUCGCUUCGAUCAGCCGUUACAAGCCAAUGAAUGGUUACGCAACUUCAAAAACAGCAAUGAACACUUUCUUUCAAAGAUAAAGACAAAGCAGCGCUAUGUGUGGACAAAGAGAGAGUUCACUGAGGAGGGAAGUCCACUAGGAGAGCUGGUGGAUCAGGGUAUAUCUCGUGUGAAGAGCAGCAGUGAUGUGGUGGGGGCGGUGAUGAAGGAGCUGAGGCUGCAAAGCGGGCAGCCGGAGUCAGACUUCCGCCUGGCCGUGGCUGUGGACGGUGUCAACGCCCUGUGGGGAAGAUCCAGCAUCAAGAAGGAAAAUAAGAGCGAAGUGGAUCCAGGUGAGCUCACUUUGGUUUAUAACCUGAGGAAGCUGAUGACAGACAACUGGACUGGAGGCGCCAUCAUCACAACUCUGUCUCAGACGGGGUCUCUCUUCCAUCCAAAAUCGUCCUACUUUCCUCAACAGCUGCUGGGAGAGAGAGGGUUCGACAGCAUGGAGCCGUUCAUCCCGGUGUCGGUGCCCAACUACAGCGAGAAGGAGUUUGAGAGCUGUUACCUUUACUUGAUAGACCGCCACUGGCUGCAGCAUCCACAGAGUCGAACAGAGGACGGAAAGAAAGAACUUGUCUUUUUGUCCAACAGAAACCCAGCAAUGAUGCACAGACUUUGUGCCUUCCUAUGAAGUUACAUAAAGACUUAAAUUACACACAUACACACACAGACAGACAUAAAUACCACACACAAAUAUCAGUGUCCUUGAAAUGCAUAAAUAUACAAAUCCAUGUUAUAUCUGUAAAUUAUGAUGCAUGUCUGAAACUUUGAUAAUAAAAGGUUAAAUAAUGUAAAAA